AAACUAGAGACUCUAAGUCUAAACAACAAUCACCUGAGAGAGCUACCGUCUACCUUUGGGCAGCUUUCUGCCCUGAAGACCCUGAGCCUCUCUGGGAACCAGCUGGGAGCACUACCACCUCAACUCUGUAGCCUGCGACAUCUGGAUGUGGUAGAUCUCUCUAAAAACCAGAUUCGGAGCAUACCUGACACUGUGGGGGAGCUGCAGGCCUUCGAACUCAACCUCAACCAAAACCAGAUAUCUCAGAUCUCAGUGAAGAUAUCCUGCUGUCCUCGCCUCAAAGUGCUCCGAUUGGAGGAGAAUUGUCUGGAGCUCAGCAUGCUUCCCCAGAGCAUCCUCAGCGACUCCCAGAUUUGCCUGCUCGCUGUGGAAGGCAAUCUCUUUGAAAUAAAGAAACUUCGAGAACUAGAGGGU